AUGGAGGCUCAGUCAUGGAUAAUUAUGGUUGUACUAUCUGCAACAUUCAUGCAAAUAUGCAGAGCAGUAGAUGAUAAAAUCCUGAGUUUGCCGGGGCAACCAAGAGUCAGUUUCCAGCAAUAUGCAGGAUAUGUAAUCGUUGACGAAAAUCAAGACCGAGCUCUUUUCUAUUACUUUGUUGAAGCAGAAUCAGACCCAGCUUCAAAGCCUCUCGUUCUCUGGCUAAAUGGGGGGCCUGGCUGUUCUUCUGUUGGAGCAGGUGCUUUCUCUGAGCAUGGACCCUUCAGACCAAGUGGUGGAGGGAGUCUGGUUAGAAAUGAUUAUAGUUGGAACAAAGAAGCAAAUAUGCUGUACCUGGAAUCACCAGCAGGAGUUGGCUUCUCUUAUUCUGCCAAUAAAUCUUUCUAUGACUUGGUGAAUGACACUAUCACAGCACAAGACAAUUUUGUAUUCCUGCAGAAUUGGUUUCUGAAGUUUCCUGAGUACAAGAAUAGGGAUUUGUUUAUCACAGGAGAGAGCUAUGGAGGACACUAUGUGCCACAGCUUGCAUUCCUCGUUGUGAAGUCAGGACUAAAAUUCAAUCUGAAGGGCAUAGCUUUAGGAAACCCUCUAAUGGAGUUCAGUACAGAUUUAAACUCGGAAGGCGACUUCUAUUUGUCUCAUGGGUUGAUAUCAAGCCCUACCUAUGAACUUCUCAGUGCAGUCUGUAACACUUCACAACUCUGGCGAGAGAAUAUAGCAGGCCACUUUUCGGCUGCUUGUUCGGAGGUGAAUGAUGCAGUUUUUUCAGAAAUUCCGCACUACAUUGAUCUAUAUGAUGUCACUGCGAAUGUUUGUUUAUCAUCUGGUGGAUCACUGUUGGGAGUUCAUAAUAACCCAUUAACACCAAGAUUCCAAUUUUUCUCAUCUGCUGAAUCAAUGCAGGAGGCUCUCAGUCAGCCUAAAGAUCAAGAGAACAUUGAUCUUUGUGUACAAGAAGAAACUUUUGUAUAUUUGAACAGGAAAGAUGUGCAAGAAGCUCUUCAUGCCCAGCUUGUUGGAACUCCGCAGUGGGGUUUCUGCAGUGGUUAUGCAUACUAUGAUCGUCGAAACCUAGAGAUACCUACAAUUGAUGUGGUGGGCUCAUUAGUCAGUUCAGGCAUCCAGGUUCUGGUGUACAGCGGAGAUCAGGAUUCAGUUAUCCCAUUUACGGGGAGUAGGACUUUGGUAGAUGGGUUGGCGAAAAAGCUGGGAUUGAAUGCAACUGUGCCGUAUACAGCUUGGUUUGAGGAUAAACAGAUUGGUGGAUGGACGCAAGUCUACGGUGACCUCCUAACAUUUACCACCAUUAGAGGAGGCUCCCACAUGGCACCGUUUUCAUCACCCGGAAGAGCACUAGCAUUAUUUGCAGCAUUUCUAUCUGGGAAGCCUCUUGUCUAA